GUUGCGGUCACAAUCGUCGCGGCCACGCAGUCCAUCCAUGCGCACAGCCCCGACGCCGGGGGCGCUGGUCAAGGAGCAUGAUAUUUCGACAAAACAGCUCAUGGACGACGCGUUGGUUGACCACGACGUAAGUGAAAGUGGUGGCGACUCAGACGACGAGACGAAACCAGCCGUUGUCAAACCGACCCCGGUCGUCCAGAAAGCUAUGUACAAAAUCAACUCGUACACGGCUUUGACGAAGCUAGACAAAGGAAACAAACAAGCGACACCGGCAGAAACCCGUCGCACCUCCGUGAAACCUGUGGCGGACACGGUGUGCAGUCGGUGCACAGGCAGCAAGGACAUGCCGAGUAUGCACUUUGCAGCAUACGCAGGCCACACGUCGUGCUUGGCCAUUCUAAUCCAGGACACGGGAUUCGUGGCCCAGGACAAACACCACCGUACGCCGCUCUUCUACGCGUGUGCGUCGAACCAAGCCGAGUGCACCAAACUCUUGAUUGAGAAGCGACCUCAGUGGAUCGACAUGCCUGACUCGCAAUUGGACACUCCGGUUCAUGUGAGCUGUUUUUUUGGGUGGGAAGCUUGCCUCGAGGUCCUGCUGGAAGCGGGCGCGAACCCCCACGUUCGCAACGCUAAGGGGUUUCGCCCGAGCCACAUCACAAAAACCCCCGCGUGUUUGAAAAUUCUCGUCAGCCAUGGCGACGAUCUGCUCCAAGGCGACAAACUCGGCCGAACUCCGCUCUUUGUCGCGUGCACGCGAAACCGCGUCGACUGCGUCGAGUUCCUAUGCCAGUGGAACUACCAAGUACACUCGUGGAUGCUCGAGCAAGAAGACGAUCGCAGCGAUCGACCGAUCCACGCUGCUGCCUGCAACGGCAGCAUUGGCAGUCUCGAGAUCCUCAUCAAGUAUGGUGCGGACGUGUUUGCCCGAAAUGCCCGCGGGCUCACAGCUAUUGAUCUUGCUGUCAACAAUCACCACACGGCGUGCGUGGACCAGCUACAAAAAGCAAUCAAGGAUGCAGAAACGGCGUCGACGUGGUUCCACCCCGCCAACGCCCGGCAUGAGAAUCGCCCGCAAACAUCGAGCGAGUGGAGCGAAUGCAUGGACACCGACAGCGGCUACGUCUUCUUUUACAACAACUUGACGGGGAAAUGUCAGUGGGAAAUGCCAGAGGGGUUCAUGACGCUUGUUACAUUAUCGUCUGUGGCACACGCGAGAUUUUGCGUACGUAGAUACGUGGCGUCGCCGGAUCUGAACGGCGCCGAGGGAGCUACAAGUACAAGGACCUCACACGCAGUUGCCGACUCGUUGGCACAUCCUCCCGAUGACGAUGGAGGAGAUUAUGUUUGGGUCAAAAAGAAGAAGAAAACGAUCUCGGUCGUCGCAAGUACUCAAUUGGAAUGGAUGGUCGUCCAAGAUCCAGGGUCGAAAGCCAUCUAUUACAAGAACACCCUGACAGGCGAGUCGCAGUGGGAAGAGCCUGAGGCAAUUCAAAAGCUGCAGCAUGAUGCUCAAGCGCACACGUCGCAGCACGCCCAGGAGUUGUGGGAUGAACUCAACAAAUCGCGCGAUGCGCUGGCCGAGAGACUCGAACAAGAACGAGCGCGGCAACUCGCGCUCACGGCGGCGGCGACUCAAGCAUUUCAGGCGUCGAUCCAAGCGCGUCGAGAGGAAAUGCACCAAAAAGAACUCAAGACGCUCCUGCCCAAGUCGUCGUUUGUCAAGGCCAAACACAAACCGCCGUCCAUGCGAGGAUCAAUGAUGAAGAUGUCGAUGCACACGAUCCAAGACGUGGACAACGAAACCUCGGACGGCGACGCGGACGACCUCACCAAGCUCUGCGAUGACGAACCGUUCUUGAACCUGUUCUUGGGUUCGUUCAUUCGCUACGACUCGACGACCUCCAGCAACCAGACGAGAUUGCCCGGCUCAAAACGCAGCUUGAAACUCGACAUGACUGGCGCCCAGCGGAUCUACAAUGGCAUUUUCCACUACUACUUGACGUUGCUUGACCCGUUCAAUGUUGUGGGAAUGUCGAAGGCGCAGUUUCGAGUGCUUCUCAAGGACGCGGGGCUGUUGCCAAACCCAGGGGGCGCACCAGGGUCCACUCCCCCGCCGUUGAAGCUGCAUGCUGCCGACAUGAUCUUUACACUCUUGGCGACCCCCGACACCCGCCCGGACGCGCCGUCGAAGGAGUCGAUGAUGCUCAUCUCGGGGUUCUACAAGGCCAUGGUCAACGUGGGCGAGCGCGCAGUGGCGGGUUUGGAUGAAAAGGUGGAGGCUGCCAUCGACGACGUCGACGCGUGGUUUUGCACCGAAUACAUGUUGCCGCUGCUGCGGCGCCUCGCAAGUAAAAUGGCCGAAAACGUCAAGCUGUACAAAGACAUAGAGGCAAAGAUGGCGAGCAACCCCCAAGUUGUCGCCCUCGUCGCGGGCAAUCGCGUCCAGCUGCAAACCCUCCAUCGGUUCUACAGCAGCGACUCUCGAUUCAAACUGAUGACCUUCCAAACACUCAGUCAACUCGCGACAGACUUUGCGCUGACACCGACGCUGCUGUGCUCCACGUCCGCUCUCUACCACGUGUGCGAAGCAAUCAACUGGAUCAACGGCCACUCGUACACCGUCGUGAUUUCGUUCGAAAAGUUUGUCCAGAUCUGUCGCACCCUCGCGGUCAGCCCUCGAUUGCAAAUCGUCCAAGUCUGUGUUGAACAUGCCGUAGGUCCUGUUCCCCCAAGACGGAGCGGCAGGGGAGCUCUCGUGCUGGCAGGCCUUCCUGACGUUCCUGAAUACCCAUCGCCACAACCGAGCGACAACGCUGGGGACCAACCCCCUCAACUUCGUGCCUUUUGCAAUCAAUCUGGAACAAGUCCCAGCGGUAGUCCAGCCGGCGCUCCUGCCACCCCCCAUCGAACAAGACGAAGACGACCCAGGGGACGACAUGUAAAAGGCGCUCGUUUCGAUGGGUGUCGACACAGGGACACGGAUAUUCCUCGAGCCAAACUGUAAGUUAUGCUCGCCCUCCGGCCAAAACAGUUGCCAGCGCAUAAAUUUGGAACCAGAUAUAGUACGAGCGCGUGAGGCGCCACUUUCGGAUGACGAAGCGCAUUGGGUCGAGACCUAUCAGAUGCGGAAGCCAUUCGAGUAUACACUUGGCCGCGUCGACGCACGCCGACGCAUGGCAUCAACCACCCAGACUUGCUUUUCGCACACAACUGUUCUACGUUCCUGGACGCCCCUGUGGUAUGGAGAAGUGUCCUGCAGUCGCUGACCAGAACAACGACCUAGAAGGUGUAUGUUUGGAUGUUCAACAAUGUUCAAUGGAGGUCGCCCAAACUGUCGGACGGCGCGGGUGACACAAUACCAAACGGCUCUUGCAUGGGCUGGCCAAGACUGUACUGGUGCAACCUUGCCGCGCGGCCGUGGGUGAGUUGUCUGGGAGCCACCAACCACUCCUCGUCUAGGUGAAAUAAUCAUUAUGGACCGUGCAUGCGGG